GUGUCGUCGUGAAAGAGCGAGUAGGGCAGGAGGGGAGGGUUGGAGUAUGUCUGUGAGAGCGACAGAGAAAGGACACUACACUUCCGGGACAAAGUUGAGCCCUCAGGCCUACCGUUGCCAAGCCCCAUGUCCGGAAGACAGUAAGGCAGUACCAGCGGUGACACACCGCGUCGCGGCCGCUCUUUCGCGCAGGCCAGGCGAAUCGUCAGUGUCCACCAUGGAGGUUGACGAGACGGGCGAUGCUGACUCGAGAAGUAGUUUUAACAAUGGUACUACUUGGAGUACCACAAUGCCUUUCUGGUAUUAUGAUAAAAAGGAGAUCAAGAAUUCACCGUCACUCCAAGAUGGCAUUACUGCAGAAACCGAAAGCCGCUAUCGCAAGGAAGGUGCCAGAUUUAUCAUUGAUACAGGGACAAAAAUGGAUCUUGGCUACAACACAAUGGCCACCGGUGUUGUGUAUUUUCACCGCUUUUAUAUGGCCCAUUCCUUCAAAAGCUUUCCUAGAUAUGUAACGGCUUGCUGCUGCCUUUUCUUAGCAGGCAAGGUUGAGGAAACACCAAAAAAGUGUAAAGACAUAAUUAAAAUAGCUCGAGAAAAACUAUCAGAUGAAAAGUUUCGUCAAUUUGGAGAGGAUCCAAAGGAAGAAGUAAUGACCCUGGAAAGGAUUUUAUUACAAACUAUCAAGUUUGAUCUUCAAGUAGAACACCCCUAUGGAUUCCUACUGAAAUAUGCCAAAAGUCUAAAAGUCGGCACUAAAACAGGUGACAAGGCUAAACUAGGCAAAAUGGUCCAAAUGGCCUGGACCUUUGUCAAUGACAGUCUCUGCACAACCUUGUGCCUCCAAUGGGAACCAGAAGUUAUUGCAGUUGCACUCAUGUACCUUGCGGGAAAGCUGAGUAAAUUUGAAGUUAUGGAUUGGCAAGGCCGUACUCCAAAGCACUUACGCUGGUGGGACGUAUUUGUUGAAGAUGUUACCAUGGAUCUCCUAGAAGACAUAUGUCAUCAAGUAUUAGACUUAUACUCUCAUCCUCAAGGAAACACAGUCCCAGACUCUCCUCCUUAUGAAGACACACCAGUGCCUGCCCUGAAAAAGGACAGGCUCCACCCUCAGCCAAUAUCUCCUGCACAACACUCACAUUCACCUGCAGGUGUGCCCCAUGUGAAGAGGAAAGAAAAUAACGACAGGUCCCUGGACAAACUGGACAUGUCCACCAUCAACUACAGCAGUUACAACUCUGCAGGGCCGGCCUUCCCCCCCUCAUCGUUUCCCCCUUCGUAUCCACCCGCCGGCUUCUUCACGCCCUCCCAGCCUCCCCCCACGCUCAGCAUUCCUCCCCCGAGCCUUCCGCCGACCAACAUCCCGCCGCCGUCUCAUCCGCCGACGGCCCACCUGCCGCCGUCACUGCCGCCGCCCAACCACAGCCUGCCGCCCCCGCUGCACGGGCCGCCGCCUCUGCCCCCGGCGCUGCCCCUGCCGCCGCUGUCCCAGCCUCCCCCGACCCACAUACCGCCCCCAAACCGCCCCCCGUACCUCCCACCACCAUAGUCUCUGCGCAUCUCACAUCAAAUCAUUUGUUAACGUUCAUGAAAUGUUCAUUAGGGUAACUUAAUUUUGUAAUUACAUGUACCAACUUGUAAAUGUUA